AUGUGGCUUUUUGGUUUGCGGUGGUAUUCCAAGGUUUGGAAAAACUACUUAAGUAGCCUUGUUGGACCAUUUCUUUUGACUCUUCUCUUCCCUUCUGCUCUCCAUCCUCACUUCAUCUUCACUCCAGUGCAUGAUCCAGUCUUCCCUUGCACGAUUCAAAAGUGCUCUUCACAACUCGACAUGUCGUCACCAAUGCCGUCACCAAUCCGCCUUUCCCCACAGAUCGCCAACCUCCAACAGAACUCUCCUUACCUGGACAUCUAUACAAACGCUCCGAUCUCUCCGCUCCGAACCCGUCAGAACACUGAACAUACCGGCUUAGUUGGCUCUCACUCUCACCCGGAGCCGAAACGCUGGGAAAACCCUGGUGCAUGGGGAGCGAGACACAUAAACGACUCGGCGCCUUUUACGCUCUGGGACGAAGCCAACCGCAAGUACCGCCUUCCUACACGUGAGGAGAACGCCUGGAUCAGGAGACAGUUUGGGAAUGGAGACUGGAAACACAACGGAUGGCUGAUGCGCAUCGAGACCGCCUCGCCACCACAGCCAAUUCCAUUCACACUUGGAGCGAUGCCAGUUCUCUUCGUGCCUCCUGGAGCCCCUCUUCAAGAACCUAUGCCUUCCGGUCCGUGGCCUAACCCUCGUCUUCCCGAUCCGUGCCCGGGGGUUCGUUGGCCGCGAAUGGUCAACCCGACCAAAAGUCAGAGAAUAGCUAUUCUUGAGGCUAUUUCGCAACUUGCUAACGUACGGGCUGCCAUUUUUCUUCCGUUCUGGACGAUCUUCGAGCUUGAAACAGGAGAUGGCCGUACAUAUCCAAGACUCUCACUACCCGGUACCGUGGGAGGUAGAACAGCCCUCUAUCACCACCAUGAUCUCCCCUUUUUCAAAACUAUGCGGAGUCUCACUCGCCCUCGGAUCAUUCAGCCAUCCGAGGCAUCCUCCCUUAGUCCUGCAGUGCAUGAUACCGCGAAUUACCUCAGACGAUCGACUCUGACGCCAGGAUGCAGGGUCGAAAGUGGAUUUGAGGUACCAAGCCCAGGAUCGCAACCAGCCAACGCCGCAACCACAUGUGGGGUCAAAAUUCGCAAUAUCGCAGGAGAAGAAAGACUCACUGUGGCUGUGGCUCACCAUGGGUUUCUGUCCUCGAACGAUGUCUACCACCCCCAGGUCAACGGGGGGGACCUCAUCGGCCAGGUGGUUGAUACCAGACCUGAGCUUGACGUAGCUCUCGUUGAACUCACACCCGCGGCCUCUUUCAGCUUCACCAAUGUCUGCUACUUUCAGGCUGAGACGCCGACUCGCCUUUUAGAGAGCGCGUCCAUCGUCCUAGGCUCAUGGUGCGAAAUUGAUGGAAUGAGCUCCGGCCUUUUCAGCAUGAUGAACAGUGGCGUUUACGACAAACGACCACCCCGUCCAGUCGGCCAUCCCGAGAUUCCAUUUUCAGAAUGGCAGACCAAUUCGGUCAACACAGUUUUCGGCAACAUUGAAGGCUCUAUCUCAGAUGGCGUAUGCGGUGCCCCCAUGGUUGAUGUUGACUCCGGUGGUGUUGCUGGGUUUUUCCAUUUGUUUAAUGGCUUUUUCGCUACCUGUGCUACUCUGGAUGACUUGAUUGCUGAGGGCUGGGGUCUCGUUUGA